GUAGAACAGGUUUAUCCAUUUUUGAUCAACCAGGAAGAAUGAUUCAAACCAUGGCCAAGUUAUCAAGAGCAGUAGCUCGAACCACUAAGCUCCGACCUAACUCGUUCGGGUUUAGCUCCUCUCACUUGGAGCGGCCUCCGCUGUUUAGAAGAUCACUUCAUGGUCAAAUCAACGCCUCGAACGCUAACCCAGUUGCUAUUCAGAUGAUCAACUACGCUCUCUCUCAUGCCAGGUCUCAAAAAUCAGAUGAUUCGUACGGACAAGGUCUGCUUGUGCUUGAACAGUGCCUUUCGACUCAACCAAGUGAAGGGCAAGCAUCUGAUGGUGAUGAUUCGAGGGGGAUGGUCUUCAUGGCCAUGUCUACACUGUUGUCUGAAAGAGGAAACUUUGAUGAGGCAAUUGAAAAACUCCAAGGAAUUCAAGAUAUGCAAUCCUCUUCAAUCGGUCUUAGAGUUGCUGCAAUGGAAGCUCUUGUUGGACUAUACUUAGAGUUGGGCCAGGAUGAUACUUCAACAGUGGUCGCAGAUAAAUGUUUAGAUAUAUUGGGAGAAAAUGGAACUCAGUUUGCCAGUGGAGUUAGUGAGGUCUUAAGUGCUCGUGCUAAAGCGGCUAAAGGGCUGAAUGAGCUUGUCUGUGGAAAUAUUCAAUCAGCCGAGUCUUUCUUCCAAGUACCUGAGGAUAGCAAAGGAUUAACUGUCGGUGCUACUCUAUCCCGUGGAGAAUUCUUGCAUACAAUACAGAACUUUUCUUUGGCAAAGGAAUUAUACCAGAAUGUAAUCCAACAAUUAUCUGAAAGUAAAGACUGCAACAACUCAAAUUCACUAGCGGCAUGUAAUAUGUCAUUGGAGGAGGUUUUGUUGUCAGCUACAUGCGCUCUGGGACAGCUUGAGGCGCAUCUUGGGAAUUUUGGUCAUGCAGAGGAGAUAUUGACCAAGGCUUUAACUAAUGCAGAGGAACAUUUUGGUUCUCAUCAUCCAAAGGUUGGGGUUGUCUUAACCUGCAUAGCUCUCAUGUUUCGGCGGAAAGCAAUUCAGGAGAAUUCGAGUUCUCUUUUGAUUCAAGAGGGACUUUAUAGAAGGGCAAUAGAGUUGCUGAAAGCACCGGCAUUGGAAACUGAAGGCGCAGAAGCAAAGGUAGCUAGAAGUGAUAUUAUGGCCCUUGCUAGAGGUGGCUAUGCCGAAGCACUCAGUGUCCAACAGAACAGAAAGGAUCAAGGAGAGAAAAUGAAGAGUUGGGCAGAGGCUGCAUGGAGAAACCGCCGGCUCUCAUUGGCAGAGGCACUAGAAAUGUCUGAACCAUCUUCCAAAACGCUGGUCAUCGAUACUCGAAUAAGCAGGGCUCUGUAGUUCUUUCAUUUCCACCUCUACACCUCUUAGCUUAUAUCUCUCUCCUGAAAAAAGUCCAUCUCUUGCUGUUUUUUGCGAUGUAUAAACUUCUCCUAGCUUUAGUUUUGCUAAAGAAACCCCAGGGAUUUGCAGAGUUUUUGUACACAAGGAUAUGGUGAAAGAAGAAAUAUCAAGUUUAGACUCAUAAUUAUCUGGUUCA